AUGGUGCAUCGCGGUUCGCAAAGUGGUGCACCGGGGUCGAAGCGUGCAUCGCGAUGCCCGAAACCGCGCAUCGCAGUGCCCGAGGUUGUGCACCGCAAUGUCCGAGAUGGCGCACCGCGAUUUUCGAAUGGUGCAUCGCGGUUCACAAAGUGGUGCACCGGGGUCAAAUCGUACAUUGCCGUGCCCGAAGUGGUGCACCACGAUGCCUGA